UGUCAGCUGUGCGGACGCCGUCAAGCUGACUGCUACGCCACCAACUGUCAAUGUCCGUGACGUGGCCAGCGAUUUUCCAAUAAGCAGAGAGGAAAAAUAUAGUUUCGGUGUGUAAUCAAGUUAAAGUAAUAGAUAAUUUAGGUGUUUGAACGAUGACUACCUACGAGGAGUUCAUCCAACAGAACGAGGAUCGUGACGGAGUGCGUUUGACGUGGAAUGUGUGGCCUUCUAGCAGAAUUGAUGCCAGUCGUUUGGUGGUACCAUUGGCGUGUCUUUACCAGCCGUUGAAAGAGCGACCCGACUUGCCACCCAUUCAAUAUGAGCCCGUUCUCUGCACACGUAGCAAUUGCCGAGCAAUUUUAAAUCCUCUGUGUCAGGUUGACUACCGAGCCAAGCUGUGGGUCUGCAAUUUUUGCUUUCAACGUAAUCCUUUCCCCCCGCAAUAUGCGGCUAUUUCGGAGCAGCAUCAGCCGGCUGAGCUGAUCCCGGGCUUCAGCACAAUUGAGUACACUAUCGUCCGGGCUCCAACAAUGCCACCGGUGUUUAUCUUUCUGGUAGACACUUGCAUGGAUGAAGAGGAGCUAGAUGCUCUCAAAGAUUCGCUGCAGAUGUCGUUGAGCUUGUUGCCCCCAAAUGCUUUGGUCGGACUUAUUACCUUUGGUAAAAUGAUCCAGGUGCACGAACUUGGUGCCGAAGGUUGCUCUAAGAGCUACGUGUUCCGUGGCACAAAAGAUUUAACGGCGAAGCAAGUGCAGGAUAUGUUGGGGAUUGGACGCGGAGUUGCUGCAGGACAACACCAACCGGCUGGUAGCCAGCCAGGACUGCCAGGACAGCAGCAACGUCCCAAUGCUCCAGGUGGAGCGCCGAUGCCGCCGGCUCAUCGUUUUCUGCAGCCGAUCAGUCAGUGCGAUGCAGCACUGGGUGACCUGCUCAGUGAAUUGCAACGUGACCCUUGGCCGGUGCCGCAGGGCAAGCGCUACCUGCGUUCCACAGGCGCUGCUCUUUCCAUUGCAGUUGGUCUACUGGAAUGCACUUACCCAAAUACGGGUGGUCGCAUUAUGACAUUUGUCGGUGGCCCUUGCUCCCAGGGACCCGGCCAAGUGGUCGACGAUGAGCUGAAGCAUCCCAUACGUUCCCAUCAUGACAUACACAAGGAUAACGUUAAGUUUAUGAAGAAAGCCAUCAAACACUAUGACGCCCUGGCUCUAAGGGCAGCUACAAAUGGCCAUAGUAUUGACAUCUAUUCGUGCGCCCUCGACCAGACCGGUUUGCUGGAAAUGAAGCAGCUAUGUAAUUCCACCGGUGGUCACAUGGUCAUGGGGGAUUCGUUUAAUUCAUCGCUUUUUAAGCAGACUUUCCAACGUGUGUUUGCCCGCGACAGUCGUAACGAUUUGAAAAUGGCUUUUAAUGCCACGCUUGAGGUGAAGUGCUCGCGCGAGCUGAAAAUCUCUGGGGGCAUCGGCUCGUGUGUGUCGCUGAAUGUGAAGAGCCCGUCGGUGUCGGAUGUGGAGAUCGGCAUGGGAAACACGGUACAGUGGAAACUGUGCACCCUGAGUCCCAGUUCGACGGUUGCUUACUUCUUUGAGGUGGUUAAUCAGCAUGCAGCACCGAUACCACAGGGCGGUCGUGGCUGUAUUCAGUUUAUAACGCAAUAUCAGCAUCCGAGUGGACAGCGUCGUAUAAGAGUCACCACACUGGCAAGAAACUGGGCGGAUGCAACAUCAAAUGUGCAUCAUAUUAGCGCUGGUUUCGAUCAGGAGGCUGCUGCAGUCCUAAUGGCUCGAAUGGUUGUCUAUCGCGCCGAAACCGAUGAGGGUCCAGAUAUUUUGCGCUGGGUAGAUCGUCAACUUAUACGGCUGUGCCAAAAAUUCGGAGAGUAUUCAAAAGAUGAUCCGAACAGUUUCCGCCUGUCGCAAAACUUUAGCCUUUUCCCACAGUUCAUGUACCAUCUGCGCCGAUCGCAGUUCCUGCAGGUCUUCAACAAUUCGCCCGACGAGACCACAUUCUAUCGACACAUGCUGAUGCGCGAGGACCUCACCCAGUCGCUGAUCAUGAUCCAACCCAUUCUCUAUAGCUAUUCAUUUAAUGGACCACCAGAGCCUGUCCUGCUGGACACUGCCUCAAUUCAGGCGGAUCGUAUACUGCUGAUGGACACCUUCUUCCAGAUACUCAUCUAUCAUGGCGAAACAAUUGCGCAAUGGCGUGCCCUUAAGUAUCAGGACAUGCCCGAAUAUGACAAUUUCAAGCAGCUACUGCAGGCUCCUGUAGACGAUGCCCAGGAGAUUUUACAGACCCGUUUCCCUAUGCCGCGUUACAUUGAUACCGAACAUGGCGGCUCGCAAGCCCGUUUCCUGCUUUCCAAGGUCAAUCCAUCGCAGACGCACAACAACAUGUAUGCCUAUGGCCAGCCGCCUAUUGGGCAGACCACGGACGGAGGUGCUCCCGUGCUCACGGAUGAUGUCUCGCUGCAGCUGUUUAUGGAACAUCUCAAGAAGUUGGCCGUAUCCACAACCACAUAAGAUGGAACCGAAGAUCAUGGCAAAAGCAAUUACAUAUACGAAAUAUAUUCCAUAAUAAACUAUGCAAAUUAUAUUCGAAAA